AUACUAAAAAAAAAAAUGUAGUCUAUUUUUGCCAACUCUUUAUUAUACCUCUUUUCCUUUUUUUUGUUUUUGUUUUUCUUCUUCUUCAUAACCCCCUUCCAUUCAUUUUUCUUUUUUAUCAUGUAUAUUAAUCCCUUACUAGUCACUACUGGUAUUUUGGCUAGUAUGGUGAUGCCCGUAUAUACCAUUACACCUCAAGAACUUAUACGAGCUCCUUUGCUACGGAAUGAACAUGCCAUGACUUUACUUCGUCGAUCUGUUAAUGAAAGCAAGUUUAGGAAACGUGAACAACUCAUCAAUGCAAAUGGUCGUGAAUAUCUUAUUCAAGUCAGUGUUGGCACUCCACCACAACUAUUCAACAUGACUUUAGACACUGGCAGUGCUGAAAUAUGGGUACCUACUACCAAGUGUCCCAAAAAAGUGUGUCCUUAUGAACGGUUUGAUCCCAAUAAGUCAUCUACAUUGACAGUGUUGAACGAAGUUUUCUCCAUUCAAUAUGGUUUGGGCAAUGCAGAAGGUGUGUAUGGACAAGAUACUGUCAGUAUUGGUACAACGUCUGUAUCGAAUCAGAAAAUUGGUCUUGUCAACAAUACAAAGGAUAUUCUUGGUGUCGUGUCGGAUGGUACGCAAUCCAAUGGUAUUUUCGGUCUUGGAUAUCCUGGUCUCAACUCUGCUCGAGGUGUAAAAAAUGACAUUCCUUUUGCUUUUCAUCUAAUGCAACAACAAUUAUCUUUUUUUUCAAUUUAUCUUACCAACAGCCAUCAAACGAAAUCAUCAUCAUCAUCAGGAGGAGGAGAGAUCAUCUUUGGUGGAGUGGAUAAGACCAAAUUUUCCGGUGAAUUGAUCUAUGUCCCAGUGAUUGAUUAUGAUAUUCAACAUCAACAUGUUUCUCCUAAUGUUGGCAAGAAAAAUGGCACGCGACAAGGUGGUACGUAUCUCUAUUGGACUGUACCUGGUCAAGGCGUCUCUACUUCCAAAAACUAUACUCAUACAACAAACGAUGUGGUCCCAUUUGUAUUGGAUACGGGUACGACAAUGACAUAUAUGCCAGCAUCGGUGGUGAAAGGCAUUGUACAAAGUAUCUCAACAAAGAAAAAACCGGUAUUUGAUGUAUUCAACUCUAUCUAUCAAGUGGAUUGUAGCUUACGAAACAACAAGCGUGAUUCAGUCCAUUUCCAAUUAUCGACAUCAAAAACAGAAAAGCAGCAACAACCUCUCGACAUUUCAGUACCUGUUUCAGAAUUGAUUAUUCCUCUUGAUACCAAUGAUCUGGCUACUGCGACUUCUUGUAUGUUUGCCAUUGCUCCUGCUCAACCUAGUGAUAGUCUUUCAUCUGCCCCUACUUGGUUAUUGGGAGAAGCGACUUUACGUGCUGUGUAUACUGUUUAUGAUAUGGCUCAGAAUCGUGUUGGAUUGGCUCCUUAUUCUCCUCAUGACAAUACUACAUCAUCAUCCUCAAGUGCCGAGAACAACAUUCAAAACCCCAACAAUCAACAACAACAACAACAACAACAACAACAACAAUCCUCUGCCUCAUCUAUUGGUCGAUCAUCGGUGAUUACUCUUGGAUUCAUUGUAUUAGUUUUAACUUUGUAAU